AUGAUCCGUUCAAUAUCGUUGUUAACUAUACUCUGUUCUGUUUACUCGUCAGCUUUAUUAACGGUAAGAAAUAUUAUUGGAUCGCACUUUUAUCAAGAAGUUGAAACAAUUCAGUCAGACCCCUCUAACUUUGUCACCCGUCACUUUCAAGAUCCGAUAUCUAUGUCUUCAGAAUGCAAUGUUUUCGACGAAGCGCAUUUCUGCAAAAUGAUAACUGUAGACACGUCUUUGAACGUCGUCGCGGAAUCGCACAGAUGUGAGUGUCCAGCAAAUCAUAGAUGCCCAACUGAUACAGACGAUACUAAAUUGCAGGUUCGCUGUCAUUAUGAUGAAGAGCGGCAGUGGAACCGUUGUUACCUCCCGUGCACUCCAAUUGAUCUCUAA